GCCGGGCCUCCCGUAGUUGAAUGGGGAAAUGAUAGAAACUCAGAAGGAUCCUCAGACUCCAAGCCCCGCGAAGGCAAAGCCAACUUCCCGGGGCACGGGCAUUCCAGGCUGUCACCCCCGUGCGGAACUGACAUGGCGCCCUCACUGCCGGUGCUUCCGGGCGGGUCCUUCCGACGUCCCCCGCGGUGAUUCCAUCACUCAGCUUCCUUCCCGGCCUGCCUCGCGCCGGCCGCCGGGCUGGGCCAGAUCAGCCAAGAUGGCCGACUUCGAGGAUCGGGUGUCGGAUGAGGAGAAGGUACGUAUAGCUGCUAAAUUUAUCACCCAUGCACCCCCAGGAGAGUUUAAUGAAGUAUUCAAUGAUGUCCGGCUACUACUUAAUAAUGACAAUCUCCUCAGGGAAGGGGCAGCACACGCAUUUGCCCAGUAUAACAUGGAUCAGUUCACACCUGUGAAGAUAGAAGGCUAUGAAGACCAGGUCCUAAUCACUGAGCAUGGUGACCUGGGUAAUAGCAGAUUUUUAGAUCCAAGAAACAAAAUUUCCUUUAAGUUUGAUCACUUACGGAAAGACACGAGUGACCCCCAACCAGAGGAUGUAGAUGGAGGUUUGAAGUCAUGGAGAGAAUCCUGUGACAGCGCUUUAAAAGCUUAUAUGAAAGAUCAUUAUUCCAAUGGCUUCUGUACUGUUUAUGCUAAAACUAUAGAUGGGCAACAGACAAUUAUUGCAUGUAUUGAAAGCCACCAGUUUCAGCCUAAAAACUUCUGGAAUGGUCGUUGGAGAUCAGAGUGGAAGUUCACCAUCACACCACCUACAGCCCAGGUGGUUGGAGUGCUCAAGAUUCAGGUUCAUUAUUAUGAGGAUGGCAAUGUUCAGUUGGUUAGUCAUAAAGAUGUACAAGAUUCAAUCCCUAUUUCUAAUGAAGUCCAAACUGCCAAAGAGUUUAUUAAAAUCAUAGAGAGUGCAGAAAAUGAGUAUCAGACAGCAAUUAGUGAAAACUAUCAAACGAUGUCAGACACCACGUUCAAGGCCUUGCGCCGGCAGCUUCCAGUUACUCGCACCAAAAUUGACUGGAACAAGAUUCUCAGCUACAAGAUUGGCAAGGAAAUGCAGAAUGCUUAAAGGCUGACUGUAGGAGUCUCCAGUAUGUGGAAAGAAAAGGAUUCAACAUGAUGUGGUCAUAUGAUAAAUAAGUGAUUUAUAAACAUAAACAAGAGUGAUAUUUUGCUAGUUAACAAAGUUAACAGAUUUUCUAGCCUCAUGGAAUACUGUUGAACCUAUAGCAUUGUCUUGAUUUUUUGUGUGUGUUCUCUGCCUUGUAAUUUUCUGUUAUCACUCUAUCCACUUGUGAAUCUUUUUUUUAAAUUCUGCUACAUUUAAUGUUGAAGAGAUCUAUCCUAAAGUCAUUUUACUGUUAAGAAAUUUUCCUAGCAAUGAAAUCCUGUUACUGGUUUAUACAGAUAAUCUGUUCGGUCUUUUUUUGGUUUUUACCAUUACGCUUUAAAGCACUUCCGGUACUUCAGUGGUUUUUAUUGAUCCACCAACUGGUAAACAUGCUAUGCUACACACCGCAACUCAGUGGAAGACGCCGUCCUCCUUCCGCCAACUGCUUUGAUCAUUUAUAGCAUCUCAUAACUGUACUUUUCAAACAUUUGGAUUGGGGCUCUUCAGGUUCAUUUGGGGAGUUAAAGGAAGUUUCCUGGAAAUUCUACAACAGCCAGCUUCUCUGGGGGAACGUGUUUUUAAUCCAAAGACUUGAGCCACAUUCCCUGCACAUGAACGUUGCUUAUUCUCUCGCUGUCUCCAUCUAGUCCUGUUGUAGUUACAGACAUCUGUGUUUUAGAAGAGUUUUGCCCCAUUUAUGUUUCUACUUAAUAUUCAAGGACUCCUGACAUACUGUGGAUAUAGUAGAAUCUAAAACUUGAAUAAUGCAGAUGUUGAAGGAAUAAUAGAUAUUUGUGCUUUAGUACGCACUGGCAGGAUUGUUCUGUGAGCGGAUAAAUCAACUAUGUAAACUCACAGAACUGAAAGUGAACCAAAGUGCAACUUCCAGGCAGCAUCUUUCUAUUGUAACCUGUUAUUUAAGAGAAUACUAGUGUUUCCUUCUAAGCAGGAUGGACAACUCAUUCCAAAUUACUCUUCCUCCAUCAGUCCUGCCUGCCAAGAAUUCCUUGUAACUGUGAUAUAGCAAGCCUUCCCAGGUAUAAUGGCAGGUAGGUGUGUGAUCUCAGAAAGCGCAAGUAAUGUAAAUAUGAUCUAUGACAAUGGUGUUGGUGGAUUCAUUUACAUUGUUUACACUUCUAUGACCAGGCCUUAGGGGAAGGUCAGUUUUUUAAAAAUCCAAGUAGUGUCUUCCUGUCUCCAGACACACGUCAAAACAGAAGGGUGUUUUGCUUCAGCUUUGUUUUUGCUCAGUAAUCCAGUCAAGCAAGAGUUUGUUUGGAAGUGAAAGCUGUAUAAGCAUUUUUGUUUAUUUCAAAUAAAAUCUAUUUGUAUUAUUUGUCAUUCCUACUAGCCAUCCAUACCACACUAUCUUCUGUAUCAGGUAGUGCAAUAGAAAUACACCUGUU